GCAGAGUAACUCUGUAGAGUAAAGAGCACGCGGAUAUUUGUCACCCUGCCGCAACAAGUGGCACAAACUGUUUUAUAUCACUAAAUACACCAGGAAGUUGACAUCUGAACCAUGAACAAACGAAGACUGAGUUUCAAAUGGUUUGGGAGCCUCACUAAUGUCUCCAUCCACCGACCGUCAGAAAAACCCAACGUCAAGGUAGUCCCAGAGCAUGAUGGGAGCCUCGGCGGUGCCAAAUCAGCAGUGGGGGAACAAUCAGUGGAUGACAUGGAUGACUGUCUCCUCAGCCCCAGCUACGCCCGCUCCAGCGAGAUGCACACACAUGUGGGCACUGUGCCCCGCUGCCAGACUAAGAAGAACAGCUUGAAGGGGUUGAGGGAGGAGAAGAAAAAAGAGGAGGAGGGGUUGAGUGCAGGGCAGAGCCAGUGGAAGGCGGGUGAACAUGUCCGAGACUCCCCUCUGCUCAGUGCCCUGUCAAGCCUCAGUUUGACUAGCAUGGACCGGCCACUGCCAGCCACCCCGAAACCCAGCCGGGCAUCACCUCUGACCUCAGCAAAGGAAAUCUGCGUCAAUGAUCAUUCAGUGGACCCCCUUAAGGAACAAGGGUCACAGGAAAGGAGCAGGGGUGAUUUAGAAACUAGUCGAGAUGUAAGACAACCUUCAAACAUGGCAACAAACGGCUCCAAAACGGCUAUGCAGCAGGAUGUUUACGUGCCAAUGGACCCUAUAGCAGAAGCAGCUCGCAGCCACGUGGGCAACCAAACAGAGAAGCUGCUUGGUGUCAUGUCAAAUACACUGGAAACCCAGAAGACUGUGAACGGCUCGCAGGAGGUGAAGUGCUUCAUCAGUCAGUGGAACAAAACAGACAACAGCGGAGAGUACGUGAAGUUCUCCAAAGACAAGUUCUGGUUGGAGCCACCAUCCGAGAAGCUGAGGAAGCAGCUGGAGGAGGAGCUGAAACUGAGCAGCAGCAACCUGAAGAGCCACGCCUGGUACCAUGGACCAAUCCCCUGGGAGGUUUCCGAAAGUCUGGUGGUGAAUCACGGUGACUUCCUCCUCAGAGACUCUCAGUCCUGUCAGGGCGACUUCGUCCUCACGUGCCACUGGGAGCAGAAAACACUUCACUUUGUCGUCAGAAAGACGCUGGUUCAGUCCAGUGAGACGUACACCCGGGUGCGGUACAGCCUGGAGGACGAAUCCUUUGACUCUUUGCCGGCUCUUGUUCACUUCUACGUGGGGAGCAAAGCGGCUCUGACCAAGUGGAGCGGGGCUCAGAUUCAGUGCCCACUGAACAGGACGCUGCCUCUCAGUUACCUGCAGACGGCCUUCUGCACUGCUUUCAGCCCACCAUCAAGCCACCAAGCACCGCAGAAUGACAGUGAGGAGAGAGUCUGUCCGAAAAGUCAUUCCUCUCUCCACCACAGGGAGUCAGAUGAAAACAGGGAGCAGGAUGUCCGUCCUCUGCUGACUGCUGCAGAAUGCUCUAAUGUCUACAACACUCCACAGACUAGGAGUCCUGGCAGUAGCCGGGUAGCCAGCAUGUCGCCAUCCCCAUCCCUCUCCAGGGGUUCUGACACUGCCAGAAACCUGCAUUCUCCUAACAGCACCCUGAACAGACAGUGUAACGACGAAUCCCAACCUUAUCUGAACCUAGAAUCCCCAUCUACUGAUGAAGGUGGAAGCUGCUACACCGAGCUGUUGCCCGUCCCCCAGAGCUACGUGGAGAGGCUGCGGGUGGAGGAAGGGUCAUUGGGCGUUGAUCCACUGAGGGCCGAGGACAGUGGCUUCUACUUCUCGCCGGUGGUGGAGACGGUAUCGUCUUUCCAACCGAACAGGUACCAGUCACCACUGAUGCCUAAGGAGAAUAAGCCUUUGGAGGUGGGCAUCCCGAGGGUGAAGGAGCUGCUGGCGGAGGUUGACCCCAGGACGGCAGCCAAACAUAUCACCAAGGCUGACUGCAUGGUGGCAAAAAUUCUGGGGGUGACUCCAGAGGUGCAAAGGAUGAUGGGAGUUAGUUCAGGAAUGGAGUUGCUAACGUUGCCACAUGGCCAAAAGUUGAGACUGGACCUGUUGGAGAGGUUGCAAACCAUGUCCAUCAUGUUUGCUGUAGAUGUGUUGGGCUGCACAGGAACAACUGAGGAGAGGGCGGGCCUGCUGCAUAAAAUCAUCCAAAUAGCAGCUGAGCUCAAGAGCACCAUGGGCAACAUGUUUGGCUUCACCGCCGUCAUGAGAGCUUUAGAGCUGCCGCAGGUGUCCCGUUUGGAGCAGACCUGGACGGCGCUACGGCAGCGGCACACAGAGGGCGCAAUUCUCUACGAUAAAACUCUUAGGCCUUUUAUGAAGAGCCUGAAUGAUGGGAGAGAAAGCUGUCCGCUGUCCAACACCAGCUUCCCCCACGUCCUACCCCUCCUUUCGCUGCUGGAGCAGAGCAUAGUGGCGGAUGAGGGGACAGACCCGUGGGAGUCGACGGAAGUUGGGGUGGACGUGGUCAUGUUCCACCUCGGGGCGGCGAGGACCAUUGCUCAGCUUGGGGGAAUCUACCGCUCCAAUGCUGAGAGCAAACUGCAAGGUUUUCAGGAUCAGGCAGAGCUCCUGGAGCUCUUCCUGACCGAUUUCCAGAUGAGGCUGCUUUGGGGGAGCAGGGGAGCUGAGGAGGGCCAAGUUCCGCGAUACGCCAAGUUUGAUCAGGUGCUGACUGCCUUGUCCAACAGGCUUGAGCCACCUGUCAGAUCACGCUGACCCCAGACCUGUUUUGAAUUUAAAAAAAUUCCCAGAUAACUGCUUCGUGUUUUUAUAAAAUCUCUUUAUUCAGAUGAUUCACCAAUAUUUACUUACAUCAUGCUAUUUCUCAAUGUGUCAAUGCCAGAGGACAUCAUCUAACUCGUAUUGAACCAAAAUGUGAAGGGAAGAUAUCAGUGUAAAUAAACGCUACUGUUCGGAGUUCUUUGGCUUUUCUUCUGCAGAAGAAACAGGAAGUCUUGGUAUAUAGUGUCUGAAAAAUGAGGCUGUGCCUUGGUCUGUUUAAUGUUUAGAAAUGUUUCUAUGUCUUCCUAAAGGCUGGACCUUCCUUAACAAAAUGACCAUACAAAGUGUAUGUCAUAUUGUACAACCCUAUGACAGAAUAACAUUUUAUCUACAUUUCCAUUUUGUAUAUUAUGUUCAUCAUCAUGUGUUUAUCAUAAGGAUAUUGUAAUGUGUAAAGUAAAUACAUAGUGUGAUGUGAUCAGUGAUAUUGUAACCAGUGCGUGGGUCAGUUCACAUAUCUUUUUUUUAAACUUUCAUUUUCUUUUCUCUACUCUUGCUUAUUUUAAUACCAAUAUGUGAAUUAUAGAAGUGAGUGAACUGACUCUAACAACACAAGCACAGUACACAGGUACAGAUCAUUUCCAUAACGUUAUUAAUAAUGUCUUGUAUUUAUCUGAAAAGUGAAAUGUAAAUAAACAUGCUUACCUCACUG